AUGAGCAUCUUCGAUGAUCAUUUCUGCAAGUCAACGAUUCGUGGGAAGAAGCUGUAUGAGAAGCCUGCCCCAUUCCAGCCCGCAGAGAUCAUGGAAUGUCAGCCGCUGUCUUCCGGUUCAAUUCCAGCCACACGUCGCCCUCACUCAGAAAGAAUGGCAUCCACUACUGCAGCAGUCUCAGAGGGCACUAUACCCUUCGCCUACCAGGGCGAGACCUACCAGACCUAUUACAAGGUCUUCGGAGAUCUUGCCAAUCGAACGCAUACACCGCUUGUCGUCCUCCACGGUGGCCCAGGUCUCUCGCACGACUACCUCCUUCCGCUUUCCGACCUCGCCAACAAGUCUAUCCCCGUAGUUUUCUACGAUCAGAUUGGGAACGCGCGUUCCACGCAUAUCAAGGACAAGCCCCCUGUGUUUUGGAAUAUCGAUCUCUUCAUUGACGAGCUCGUGAACCUCCUCUCUCACUUCUCGAUCCAGGACUCGUUCGAUCUCUUGGGCCACUCAUGGGGCGGAGUGCUUGGUUCCGAAUUUGAAGUGCGCAGGCAGCCUCCUGGCUUGCGACACAUCAUCAUCGCAGACUCCCUUGCAGCGUCCAGCUUGUGGAACCAGUCGAAUAUGCAGCUGUUGCAAGACAUGCCGAAGGACGUCCAGGAGGGUAUGGCUGGUGGGAUGAAAGACCCGACGAAGUUCCGAGCUGCUUUGGCGCAGUUUCACGCAGUUCAUGGUUGCACGGCGAAGCCUUUCCCGAAGGAACUUGCGUAUUCUUUUGACCAGGUCUUCGGAGAAAAUGGGGAUCCCACUGUCGCCACUGCACCCAUCCUCAAAGAUUGGUCGAUUGUCGAUCGCCUGCAUCUUGUGCGCGUGCCCACGUUUGUGGUGAACGGGCGAAAGGACAUCGCGCAGGACUUCGUUGUCGCACCUUUCUUCAAGAACAUACCGAAGGUCAAAUGGGUAACCUUCGAGCACUCGAGCCACACCCCUUUCUGGGAGGAGAGGGAGAAAUUCAUGCGACUCGUUGGCGAGUUUCUCGACCUGUAG